ACGAAAUAACGGCAGGACGGGCGAUCUUUGAAUAACCUGCAAUGUAAAUAAAGACAGGUAAAAAACUUAUGUUCAAGGAAUACAGCUCAAACAUAGAUUAAAAGGACAUUUAUAUGAAAAAAACCGAACAUUGGUGUUAAUGCCAUAAUUUUAUAUGUAUAUAUAUAUAGUCAUCAGUGAAAUUCAUCAAAUCUGUAUACAUAUACAAUAACUUCAUCACAAUUAUAAUUUACUUUUUUGAAAAUAAAGAUGAUACGUUCAGUUUUACUCAGAGGGCCAACGUUAAUGGCUUUAUAUCCAUUUGAUUCUAAUAAUUUAUAUGAUAAGCCUGUUAACAAAGUGUUGAAACCAUUGAUAGAAGAUGAGUGUGGUUGGGACCGAGUGAAGAGGAUAUUUCGCCUUAAUGAAGACAAACUAUUUACAAAAGAAUUGCAAUCUAUCAUAAAUGUGACAGUAACAGGUGCUGUAUCUGGUUUAAUAAUUGGUGGUAUGAUUGAAAGUAAGAAUACUGUAAAUAACUUCAUUGCGAAUAAUGAAGCAACAAGAUUUAUAAAUCAGUCUGAAGCAAAGAGAGCACUACAACGGGAAGUUUUUAUAAGUUUUGUAAAAAAGGGUGUGGUACUAGGAAAAAAACUUGGACUCUUUUGUUUAAUGUUUAGUACUCUAACAACAUGCACAACAGCAUAUCGAGGGAAGAUAGCAGUAGAAAAUUACAUAUUUGGUGGUUUUGUAACAGGAUUAUUGUAUAAGAUGAACUUAGGACUUCGAGGAUCACUUGUUGGUGCUGGAUUCGGUAGUGUACUAGGUGGAGUGUGUGGUAGUGUAACAACUCUUCUGCUUUAUUUGUCAGGAAUAACUAUAGAUGAAAUACUGCAGACACAACAUAACUGGAUAACUUCAAGGAAUGAGGCUACAGAUGCUAAGAUAAGGGCUCAUAUAGCUGCACAGGAAGAUUUUCAAGAAAAAAAUCUAUUCGAACAAAAUCAGAAACUACGAUUAGCGGAACAACAAUAUCAGGAAGCGAAAUAUACAAAGAAAGUUGAAGAUCCUAGUAUAUGAGCUUGUUAUUGUGCAAAUAAACAUUGUAGAUUUUCGUGAGUUUAAAAUCUUUAUUAUACAUUUAUCGAUAGUUGCUUUGGAGUUUCAUGAGCUUUCAAAAUAAUUUGAAAAUAUCUCCAAGUGAGCAAUGAUUCAAAGAAACCACCAAUGUAAAAUAUAUAUAUAAAGUAAAUAAAGUAAAGCAAAUAACAAU